CAGAAUCGAGACACUUCCAUCUCGGCAUCAACCCGGAGCAGACGAAAGGAAUUGUACAUCAUCUUUUUGCUGCGUUACUUUUCCCGCCAGUAUUCACGACCCUGACUGAAACAUUGGACUACUUGUUGUUAAAGCAAACGACAGACGGGGAGACCUACUCUCGUGGAACUUCGAUUUAUCUAUCUGAUAAAUCUUGCAACCAGAGCUUGAAAUGGCAAGAUUGGACUUGAUUCUACUUCUUCUAUCGGUGGUAGUGGCUGCAGUGGUGCUCCAGUGCCGGGCUGACGAUGAAAACACCGAUGGGCAAGGCGCCGCCGAUGUAGACGAAGUUCUAAAACAACUAUAUGCAGAAGAUGAGAAUGAUGACGAUAAACGCGCCAACCACUACGCUAGUGGACGCCAACGUACAAGGGGGAAGGCCGGCUACCGUCGGGUGACUAAAUCCGACAUGGACGCAGUAGCCGGACUAGAAGACAUGGAUGAGGAGAAACGGGCUAACUACCGCGCCUCAGUCAGUCGUGGUGGCAAGAAGGGAUUCCGUAGAUACACCAAAUCCGAUGGAGACGAAGAGGAGAUCCCCGAACUGGAAGAGAUGGAUGAGGAAAAGAGAGCCAACUACAGAGCCACUAUGAACGGCGGACGUAAACCCCACCGCUUCAACCGAUUCACCAAGGCCGACGGAGACGGAGAGGAGGAGGAAGGACCGGAGGAUCUGGAGGGGGAGGAUAUAGACGAAGAUAAACGAGCCAACUACCAUGCCCGAGGUGGCAAGCCUAGAGGUGGAUUCCGCAGGUACACGAAGUCGGACGAGGAUCAAGAUGCUAUGGAGCAGGCCCCUGCCGAGGAAAUGGACGAAGAUAAGAGAGCCAACUACCACGCACGAGGCGGCAAGCCUAGGGGUGGGUUCCGCAGGUACACAAAGUCAGACGAAGAUCUCGCCAUGGGGGAAGCAGCAGCCGAUGAACUGGACGAGGAAAAGCGCGCCAAUUACCACGCCUCACGCGGGAGACAGAGGGGCAACGGGCGUCGAAAUUAGAUUGUGACAAAAAAGUAAAAUAUCAGUUACACAACAGUUUAAACUCUUUUUCAUUAUCUGGUCUGGCGGAAAUCAUGCAGAGGGGGAAGGGGGGGGACACACAUCAAAACAAAAUCUAAGCAUCUUAACUUUCAGUAAGUUUUCAUUUUGACCUAGGGAUUUAUUGCCGCAAUGUCUUUGACUUAAGUUAUCGCUUUAGUGUAUUCAAUCACGAAAGCUCGUUUAAACCACUCCCCAAUUUUUAGUGGAAAACAUUCACUCAUGGCCAGAGAAAUUAAUAUUGUCAGAUAUUAUGUCUUUAUCUAAAGACCACUGACAAGGUGGCAGCAACAUGGCUAAAACAAAUUAUGUUUUCAAAAAAUUGGCUUUACACAGACACCCAUUGAGCUUUGAAGCAAGUGUUGGCGAAAACAGAAACAAAACAAACCAAUAAAAGAUGAAAAGUUAAAGUGACCUUGGACAAAGACAAGAUUUUUCGGCAAUUAUACCAGCUCGACGUGAUUUGUGGUAUAGAGUAUCUGCGCCACAAUAUUGAUGGAGGCUCUUGUGAUUAGAUUGUAUUUUUCUUAAGUUCAUAAACAAAUGUGCAUUAUGUAUAACUUCACAUGCAUUUGGUUACCGAUUACUCUGUAACAUUAAUCAUUGUAUUUUAUAAGUGUAAAUAUCCUCAUCAUUCUAUAUUUGUAAGUGUUGCUGGUGUUGCUCUUCAAAAACAAAACACAAAGGCGACGAAUGAAAGAAAAAGAGUAACAAAACGCCCAUAAACUGAGAUUCAAAUUGGUUGCUUUGUGCAUUCUGGUGCAUUUUAGCUGCAGGUAUAAAAGAAAAACUGAGUGUACAUAAAAGCAGAAAAUAGAUGAUUGCCCGGAGUUGGUUUUUUCUUUAAGUGGAAAACCUUCUAUUUCUUUCGAGGGAAAUUUUGGACACUUGAUCUGGAGGAAGGCUAGAUUCAGAAGUUCUAACAAACAACAAAGACCUUUCAAGCUUUUAACACACAAACUAUAAAAGCGCGCAAAAACAAGCUCGGCAUAGGCUUACUUAUUAUUAUGAAGUGCACUUCAAUUAGCAACCAUGUCACCAUACAUACUUAUUCAAAUUUAUACAUGCUUAUUCAAAAUUUAAUCUUGGAAAAAUCUGGUAAAAAUAAAUGUAUUAGUUUGCCAAUGCUUAAAGGAAGAAAGGGUACUGUGCGACAACUUUGACUGGUAACUAAUGGUUAAUUAGUGGUUGAAUUCGAAAAGUCUAUGGUUUCAUUGUGUGGUAACUAAUUUUAAUCAACUGAUCAACCAUGUUGACAAAGAAGGCGAUUGUCAAACUAUAAUCAACCGGAGUUACCAGUCCAGCUUGCUCGUAAUGCUAUUUUUUCGUCCGUUAGUGUAAACCACAUUCUCUCGAUUUAACAGUAGUUUAAACAUGAAACGCACCUGAGAAUUAAGUGAUGAGUAGCCGUAACAGCUGCAAAUUAUGUGGCUUUUCUUGUCAUCGAAAGCAAAAUAAAGAAGUAGUCAAAGUUAAACCAA